AAAAUUCAAAAUAAAUAUGACAAGUAAAGUUUAUAACCUCGCACUCGCACCGACUUUAAAUAAAGUAUUUUUGAAAGGAAAAUGGCCUUAUUUGCAAAAUAUAUACCAUAUAAGACAUUACAAUGUGCUUUUCUUUGGCUCUGAGGCUAUCGCAUUAAAUAGUUUACAAAAGGUAAACCAAUUCAGGAAAGAUGAGAAUAUUAUUAAACGCUUGGAUCUGGUCACGGCAAACAACAGUAAUAAAAAGACUAAAAUAGAGCAAUAUGCACAUGCAGAAAACAUAAGGAUAUUGCAGUGGCCACAUUUAGACAUUACCAAUGGUGAAUAUGACUUGGGAUUAAUUGUAGCGUUUGGCCAUUUAAUCAAAGAUGAUGUGCUGAAGAAGUUUCCUUUAGGAAUGGUGAAUGUCCAUCCAAGUUUGUUGCCCCGGUGGCGUGGAGCUGCGCCCAUCAUAUACACACUACUCCAUGGAGAUGAAAUUGGUGGUGUUUCACUUAUGAAAAUCAAACCAGAUGUAUUUGAUGUAGGUGAAAUAAUAAGUCAAAAAAGGGUACCAAUUCCUAAUGAUAUAAAACUGCCAGAUCUGACCCAUCAGUUAUCAAACAUUGGUGCAGAGAUGCUUGUAGAGUGUUUAAGAUGUCUGCCCACCAGCCUAGAAAACUGUCAGCCACAAAACAAUGAAGGAGUCACUUAUGCAAAGAAAAUAAAUAAAAAAAUAAGUGAAAUAAGCUGGACUGAAAAAAGCGCGCGAGAAGUUUACAAUUUAUAUCGUGCCUUAAAUGGGUUAUAUCCAUUAACUACAAAGUUUAGAGACAAACAAAUGAAAUUGUUUGAUGCAUUUCUUGUUGAGACUGAACCUGAAUACAAAGAGAAAUCUGUGGGCACCCUUGAAUACUGUGAGAAAACACAAGCAAUUAGAAUAUUAUGCAAAGACAAAAGAUUUAUUUAUUUCAAAUCACUUAGAAUUGUAGGCAAAAGAGAAAUAUCAGCAUUAGAUUUUUAUAAUGGAUAUAUUAAGAAUAUGUUAGAUAAAAGAAAACACAUUGUAAUUUAAAUACUGAUCUAUAAAAUAAAACACAUUACAAAGAAAA